AUGGUAUCGGAAACAUAUGGAUCCAGCCACAUCGAUUCAGUUCAUCCUUUCCUAUUCGAGAAAAGUCAUACGGAAGAGUGGUUUGUUGAUGCUCGCUCCUACAUGUCGCAUGCCGCCGAUAUGAUGGAACUGGCGAGGGAAGAGAUCUUCAUCGCUGGGUGGUGGCUAAGUCCAGAAUUGGAAGGAAUCUAUCGACUCGAAUCUAAACUCAUUUGUACUGACGCUCACGCUCUCCAUGAGCCGUUUGCAAAACGACUCAUGGAGCGUCAGGAAAGUUUACUUCGCACAGAGGUAAACUAA